AAAAUGUUAACUGUGCCAAGUUUAGGACUAAAAUCCAUGAAGAAGUUAUGUACACAUAUGUGUUGUCUGCGUCGAUGUACAUGUAUAUGAGAUAAGCAAGAUAUUUAAUAUAUUUACCUGCAAUUGAUAAUUGAAACGAUCUUGCCAUCCGUAAGUGAGAAAUCGAUUAUCGCUUGAGAAUUUCUUGAUAUUGGACACAAAUUACAUGGAAUAUUAUGAACAAACCAAACAAUGGGUAUGAAUGAAUAACGGAACUACCAGAGUGACACAGCAAAUUUGGUGACGUCGCAAAGUGACGUCAUGGCGACGCCGACGGCGGAAGUUAAGCGAGUCCGUUUCUCGGUUGAGGAGGACAGGGAUUCGCAUAACAGCGAUGAGGCGUUCGAAGGACAGUGGGACUUCUUAAAGUAUUUACUGACCUUACGAGAAGAAAUCAAUGUUAACAGCGUCGUAGACUCGCUCGUGCAGAAAGGCGUGAUUAGUGCAGACGCUGGAAGUGACGUCAUGCGACAGGGCACGCCACGUGCACAGGUGGAGCUGUGUGUACAGGAAGUGAUGAAGGGAAGCGGGCCGGCGUACCGCAGCCUUUGCGAGACGCUGCAAGAGCACGGCUACACCAACAUCGUGGACGCUCUGAAGGGGGACGCAAAUUUAUCGUCGAUCGUACCAGAGUUUUCCGACGUCCACGGAAAUACCACCCCCCGGCUGUUACGGGAGCAUUGGUCUCAGCGUGACUCGGUAGUGGACGGGUUCAGCGUGCAGGGGAAGAAGAUGGCCCUCAGCGCCCUCUCCAGGGACGCCAAAGCCUCCCAGCGAGAAUUCUCCGUUAUUGUUGAACGCCAACAAGAACUGGAGAAGCAACUCGUCCAGGUGAUGAAGUCCCUGGACCGUGCUAAGGACAUGUUGAUAGCCGAGCGGCAGGAGAAGCUUGGUCUCCGGGAGCAGCUGCGGAGCCGCGACGAGGAGCUAGUUGCCAUGCAGCGGAAGUACCUCGAGCUGCAGAAAGCCAUGUCCUCACUCAGAGAAACCAACAAUAAAUAUACGGAAAAGGUGACGCGAUUGCAGAUUGAGAACGAGCAGUUACGGAAGGGCGUGCGGGAGCGCCACGAGCUGGAGAGCGAGUUGAGGGAACGGAACGGCGAGCUGGGGCGGCUCAGAGAUCAGCUGACCGAACAGGAAGCCAAGAUGAGGUCACAGGAGGAGAAAAUUGUCAGCAAGCUGGCCAUGAUCGAACGUGUGGUUGGAGAACAUAAGACUCUAGUUGACGGACAAGAGAAGUUGACAAAGAAAAUAAAUCUACAGGCGAAUGACAUCAUCCAGUUACAUGAAGAAAAAGACGAGGCGGCUUCACAGAUGGCGGCCCAACAGCGGCAGCUCAAUUUUCAGCAGGCACAGAUAGGGAUGAUUCAAGAGCAGAUGCAGCGGCUUGAGGGCAGCCUUGGCGGCGGAGGCGGUGGCGGCGGUGCCGGAGGAACGUAUGGUGGCUCCUCCUCCCGCGCAGAGAGCCUACCGCCACUCCCCUCUACCCCCGGGAACGAUGGCCGUAACAGCCGGUAUAUACACGCACUCUCCAAAAGCAUGAACCUAAACAGACCUUUUAAUCCCUACGGAAAGUUGGAAAAUUCUAAAAACAUGUUGUGGCGGGGUGAUUCGUCGGGGAAAAAGGGGAAAUGAUCUUAUGAAACUAUAUUAUAUGGAUUUAAUAUUUUAUCACUUUAUAAAUGUAGGGUGGUUUUAAUAUCGUUUUGAAUGUGUUCAUUCUAACACAUGCAUUCACUUCAAAUGUUGUUUGUUUUGGGAAAAACUGGUAAAAUAAUUAAUAUGUAAAACGAUUCACGUUCCAAAGGAUAAUGAAUUUUAUUUUAUAACUAUAACAUGCUUCAUUUAUUUAAAUUAUCAGUCGUAUAGUAUGUGAGUAAGAGACAUUUCAAUUCUAUUUAUACUAAUACGACAGUUUUGCACAGAUUUUUAAUAUUAAAAUGACUAGUACCAAGGGACAUCCAAACAUGAAAUAAUUAAGUUUUUUUUUUGUUUGUGCAAGAAACUAUUUUGAACCAGAACAAUUAAUUUGCAAUGCGCAUACGUUAUGGAUGAUUAAUCAGGGGCAUUCUCUAUUUGUUUGGUAUUGUCUGCGUAUAGUCAUUUUAAAUCGAUUCAUGCGGAGACAUGUUGCGCACCAUUCGGAACUCCUCGGCAAUUUUCUAUCGUUUGCGAUAGAAAAUGGCCGAGGAAUUCCGAAUGAUUGCUCGCAUAGAUUCCCACAAUAGAAGCCGCUGUGGGUUUUUUUCAUGAGUUCUUUACGUACACGUGUUAAAAAGGAUAACGUUACAUCAUAUUUGUAUAGGAAAUUUGACAGCUCUAAGCGAAAAUAAGAGCUGUACAAGUGUUAUGAACUUUGAACAUUCACAAACACAAAAACAUGCCUAUGACGUUAGCAUGGCAAGUUGCAUACAUGUCUAAACAUUGACCGUGAGACAGUAGACUAGCUAGGUUCCUCCAAAACCUAUACAAUGUCCAAUGAAACAGUAUCAUUCUAAUUCGCAUAAUUUAUUGUUACCAUAAAUUAUAUUGAAUGCAGAACUUUGUCGUUUUCUAUUAUACUACUUAGUAGUCCGUAUAUGGGCACAUACUUAAUGUCACCAUUAUAUCAUCGACAUCACAUACUAGUAACAUUAUAAAAUUACUUAAUUUCUAGUUUUAAUCAAAAGAUAAAGAAAAUCACACAUAAAGUGUUCAGUUCUAAUCGUAUACAGCUUAGCAG